GGGAGUGGACCGAGGAGCAGAUGGGGAGCUGCCAUCGACGUCCAAGCGUCAAUCCCAAGAUGGCGAAGGACAACCUCCCAAGAGACGCCGGCCGGAGGACGGAGGUGCGUCGGAGACGGACAAGUGCGGGCGGACCGCGUUGCACUGGGCGGCAAUCGACGGAGACACGGAGAGGAUCAGGGAGCUGCUGGAAGGAGGAUGGAACACGAGGGCGAGGGAUGUGGAUGGAAAGACGCCCCUCCACCUGGCCCUGGUGUGGGAGAAGGAGGCCGCGGCGGAGCUGCUCGUGGAGGCCGACUGCGUCACGGAUGUCGCGGAUGACGAAGGGUGCACCCCUCUGCAUCGCGCUGCCGAGAGUGGGUGCGUGAAUGUCAUCCGUAUGCUGCUCGCGGGAGGGGCGAAUGAAAGUGCGAAAGACAGAAGUGAAAACACGCCCCUCCAUGUUGCCGUGAUCUGGGGGAAGGAGGCCGCGGCGGAGGCGCUGCUGGAGGCCGCCCCCGAAUGCGACGGGCCGGACAUUGUUUACCGCACCCCCCUGCAUUAUGCUGCGGAAGAAGGUCUCCCGCGGAUAGUUCAAUCUUUGCUGUCGAGGGGUGCGCGUUUCAAGCUUAAAGAUAGAUUUGGACACUGUGCCCUGGACUUAGCCCUAGCGGGAGGGCACGACGAUGUGGCGAGAGUGCUCCUGGCGGCUUACGCCUGGAGUUCCAUCGAGAUACAUUGGGAGGAGAUGGAACUCCCGAAGGAUGGCGAGGAGCGCGGCGUCCGGCUGCUCUCCGAGUGCGAGGCCGAGAUGAGGGUGGCCCUGACGGAGGGGUCCCGCCUCUCCCUCCGCGACAUCGCCCGCCGACCCCCCUCCCGCCUGGCCCGGCGCCUCUCCGACGAGGCGAUCCGGCGGCUCUCGGACCGGGACCUCCUGGCGCGGGACUUCCCGCUCUUCGGCGACCUCCUCCUCGUCCGGCUGGGGGAGGUCCGGGAGAGGAGGGCCCUGGAGGACCGCUUCCUGCGCUGCUUCCCCCUCCUCUGCCCGCCCCUGCCCACCACCUGCACCGACGUCCUCCUCGCGUGCCUGGCGGACGACGACCUGAGGAACUUCGCCCGGGCCGCAGAGCUCUAG